AUGAGACGGAGCAGGGGGCCGCCAUCGCCCUACAGGGCUUUGGCUCACCAUCCAGCUAAUGGCCAGAUGCCCGACACCGUAUCUCUGCUCAGGUCGUUCAAUGUCGAGACGAAUCCAACGCGGCCCAUGCGCCCAUCGCCUCUGACGGCAUCUACUAUACCUGACAUGCCAUUAGAUCUGUUGGACCGUAUGAGAACCUUCCCGCUGUUUAUGUCAGCCCCUGAGGACUUCCUCGUGGCCAUUGGCAAGCACUUGAGACCCCAGGUUCACUCGGCUCACGAUUUGAUUUUGACCGAGGGCGAUGAAGCAAAGGCCAUGUAUUGGCUGGUCCGCGGGGUUGUCGCUGUUACAUCCCGCGACGGAGAAGCUGUGUACGCUGAGCUCAAGCCUGGAUCUUUUUUUGGUGAAAUUGGAGUGCUGAUGAAUAUGCCUCGAACUGCCACCAUUAUUGCGCGCAGCAAAUGUCUUUUGCUUUCGCUCAAAAAGGAGGAUCUUCAGCUAGAACUUCCCCAAUUUUCCGACAUGGAAAAGACGAUACGGCACGAAGCGCAUGAACGCCUGACGAUAUUGAAUAAGAAACGGCAAGAAAUCGGACAUGGUCUCAAGGCGGCCAAGGGGUCAACAAUAUCCCGUGAGGCGGCUCCGGGUGAGGUGUCGACUGGCGAGAUGGGUGUUAUUAAGGAAGGUUCGGUUGUGAACAACAAGAAGAGGAAAUCUCCCAGCCCAGGAGUUAUCGAAGAUCCCGUAGCUGGGAGCGCCCUGGGCAGCGGUUUUGUGAAUGUGCGGCAAACACUCCGAGAGCUUCCUCUCUUCUCGGCACUCCCUCCAGACAUCCUUCACUUCCUCGGUAUGAACGCGCAACCGAAAACAUACACUCCCUUUACCGACAUUAUCAGCCAGGGAACUCCAGGUGUUGACAUAUACUUUAUUGUGCGCGGCGAAGCUGAGGUGAUACACGACCUGCCUAAAGGACAGCCAGAAAAGCGAAUGACGCGUUCAUCGUACAUAAGACCCCGGCUGCGACAGGGCCAGUAUUUUGGCGAAGUGGCCAGCUUGGGCUUGUCCCGUGGGCGAACUGCGACGGUGAGAUCAAUCACAACCGUCGAGUGCCUCGUGGUAUCUGGCGAGGUAUUGGAGGAACUGUGGAGGAAGUCGCCGCCCGCAAUCAGGAAGGAAAUCGAAGACACGGCAAGAACUAGAAUCAAGCCGGAAGAUGAAGAUGUGCAGAUGACAAAUGUAGGGAGCUCUGAAUCGUCCUCAACCCCAGUCAACGGCAGCCCGCAAGUCAUCUUUACCACGCCCUCAAAAUCCGCAUCACCUGUAAAAGACGAAUCGGAUCAGUUGAAGCCCAAAGAUCCGGACCCUUACCUCAGCGUCGACAUGGAAAAUUUACGCAGACGUCGAGGGUCCCUUGCCCCGCCAGCAGUUACCUCUGAGGCUUCCAGCGCGCCUACCGCGAAUGACCUUCGGCACCGCAUGAUUGUUGACACCUCUGCACCCGUCAAGUUCGCAAUUCCCUCCACGUCUCCUAACUCUGAAGGUCCGUCUAAAAAGGCUAGGAUACUUCCCAGGCGGCCGGCGCGAGCUCACCCAGCUGCCUUGCCUGACGACAUACUUGUCUCGAUUUUCCAAUGGCUCGAUCUCGUCGAGCUCCUCCGUCUCAGACGAGUAUCGAUACACUGGCGCAAACUUUUGGCAACGUCCCCCAAACUGUGCACGGAUGUUGAUCUUACUCCUCAUAAUCGCACGUUGACGGACAAGGUCCUGGUAACAAUCAUUGCCCCCUUUAUCGGCCCGCGCCUUCUCUCUGUUGACAUUAGUAAUUGCUUCCACGUUACUGAUGAAGGCUUCUCCACGCUCUGGAAGGUGUGCGGCAAGAACGUCAAGUCAUGGAAGAUGAAGUCGGUAUGGGACGUCUCGGCUAACCAAAUUUUGGAAAUGAGCGAACAUGCCAAAGAUCUCGAGGAGGUAGACUGGAGCAAUUGCCGUAAAGUUGGCGAUAACCUGCUCGCCCGCGUCGUGGGUUGGGUUGUACCCAAGCACGCCCCGCAGACCGCCAAACAAGUUGUCAUCUCUAAUUCGCGCGUCAAAGGCCAGAAACCACAGACACAGACGGUGACGUUACCGCCUGCUGGUACUGUCGUCGGCUGUCCGAAACUCAAGCGACUCAACCUAUCCUACUGCAAACACAUCACCGAUCGCUCCAUGGCCCAUCUGGCUGCGCAUGCUUCGAACCGACUCGAGAUGCUCUCUUUGACCCGCUGUACAUCCAUUACAGAUGCUGGCUUCCAAUCCUGGACCCAGUUUCGCUUCCACAAUCUUACACAUCUGUGCCUGGCUGACUGUACAUACCUCUCGGACAACGCCAUUGUCGCGCUCGUCAACGCCGCUAAAUCGCUUACUCAUCUCGACCUUUCCUUCUGUUGCGCGCUCUCUGACACUGCUACCGAAGUCGUCGCGCUCGGCCUACCGCAGCUACAGGAACUCAAGAUGGCUUUCUGCGGCAGCGCAGUCAGCGACAACAGCCUGGCCUGUAUCGCGCUCCAUCUUAACGAUCUCGAACGCUUGAGCGUCAGGGGCUGCGUCAGAGUCACGGCUGUGGGCAUGGAGAACAUACUGGACGGGUGUUCGCGGCUCGUCUGGACCGAUGUCAGCCAGUGUCGGAAUAUCGAAGGCUGGGUCAACGCCGGAGGCGUGCAGAAGUGGGGGUACGAUGAGCGCGCAUAUAGGGAUGGAAUGAGACCGGGCUUGAGUCCUGCGAUGAGUAGGGGGAGCAUGUUGCCGCCGAGGGCGUCGAGGAGUCGCAGGGCGAGGAAACCGGUGGCGUUUGUGGUCGAGAAGGGGCCUGGGGGUCUUCGCUGA